AUCGACACAAUUAAUCGACAAUCCCAACAUCACCACCGCGCCCCGUCUUAAGGAGCGUCCACAGUGUAGCCGAGGCCGGCGCUCGCGCACGAUCCAAAAAUACCACCCGGCCAUCCCGACACGCGGCGUGCCCUGAGCGCAACCCUUUUAAAAACAAAACAAUUCGACCAACCAACUGUUUUUAUUCCAAAUUCGAACAUCACGCUCGUCUUUUGCUGAUUUAAAACUAGUUCUUUUUUUGAACUUCAAAGUGUUGUGCCAGUGGUCUCAUGAGGGGCAUGUCUCCGACUGCCUUGGGGGCCGAUUUGCCCCAGUGGUGUGGUAAGGCUGAAAAUUGCCCCCAAGCCCUCCUCGGAUGGCUGUAUUUGACACACGACCAGAAUGAUCAGUGGCUCCCGGGUUCAGUAUGGGGCCCUCUACCCACUGCGGCGACGUCCACCCAAGCGCCUUCAGACGACACCAGUUCUUUGGCAGAGCAGCUAGCAGCACUGUCGCUACGGCGUCCGCCGCGCCCGCCACCGCCUGCUUAUAUGUGUCACCUUUGCUUUAAUAAGGGACAUUACAUCGGAGACUGUCCUCAGGCCCGUCCCAAAGGCGAGGGUCUGACGCCGUAUCAGGGCAAGAAACGGUGCUUCGGCGAGUACAAGUGUCCCAAGUGCAAGCGCAAGUGGAUGUCUGGGAACUCCUGGGCCAAUAAUGGACAGGAGUGCAUCAAGUGUAGGAUCAACGUGUUUCCACAUAAGCAGAGACCACUUGAGAAGCCAGACGGUCUGGACGUGAGUGACCAGUCCAAGAUCCAUCCACAGCAUCUCUGCCAAAAAUGUCGCUCGCUCGGUUACUAUUGCCGCCGCGAAUAUUAAUUCGAAGAUGCACCAUACUAAUGUGCUGGAGUAUAUUAAAACAAAAUCGUCUACAUUUUUGCUAUAAAUCACAGAAUAAAUAAUUAAACGAAUUGCUUGACGAGGUGUGCCUGUACUUACCUAUGACAAACUUGACUUUAACCAACUUAAGCUGACCACUGACUAACAGGGCGCCGGACAUUAUCGGCCUGUCAGUUAGAACAAAAAUUUGACAGUUCCGAACCGGCCGAUAUCGUCCAGUGGACUGUUAGUCAGUGGUCGGCUUUAGAAGAUAUACACCAAACGGAGAAGCAAUGUCUGUAAUUUUCGCUACAAAAUAGUCUGCCGAAAUUUGCGGGGGAGGGGCACGUCAAAUGUAUACGUAACGUAAAAAUAGCUAAAUCAGAUAAACGUCUGUCCAUACAAUGUGUAUGACCAUUGGCCGCCUAUUUUCAACAGAGGGAAACUCCUGUUAAUGGCUAAUAAGUUUGUUUGGUUAUAUCGUUUAACCAACCAAUGACUGUGUUGCUCCAAAGAAUUAUGGUUCUUACCUAAUACCAAUAGAUUUGCACAGAUGAGAUACCAAACGAAACGAUCGACCGUUAUUAUAUUUAGGAAUAUUUUAUAAUGGUUUUGAAACAUUUAAUUGUAUAUUUCGUAUAUUGCUUGUUAUGGGUGUACGAUUACUAGCUUAGAGCUUAAUUUUACAUGGUAAUAUUAUUUUAUAGAUUUUGAUAAAGAUUUAUUUUAUCAAUUUACUUAUAUCAUAAAUAUUCUUGAAAAUUCGUUAGACAUUAAAUACUUUUGUUUCUAAAUGAAACAUUACUGAAUCGCGAUUAGAAAGGGAUUGAGAUAGCUGUCAAUUCAUAUUGAUU